AAUCAGGUGCAGCUGUGUGUGAAUUUUUUUUAAAAGCGGCUUGUGGAAAAGGAGGCAUGUGCCCGUUCCGACACAUCAGUGGGGAAAAGACAGUUGUUUGCAAACACUGGCUACGAGGACUGUGCAAAAAGGGAGACCAGUGCGAGUUUCUGCACGAGUAUGACAUGACCAAGAUGCCUGAGUGUUACUUCUACUCCAAAUUUGGGGAAUGCAGUAACAAAGAAUGUCCAUUCUUGCACAUUGACCCGGAGUCUAAGAUCAAAGAUUGUCCCUGGUAUGACAGAGGCUUCUGUAAACAUGGUCCCCUCUGCAGACACCGGCACACUCGAAGAGUCAUUUGUGUGAAUUACCUAGUCGGAUUCUGUCCAGAAGGGCCUACCUGUAAAUUCAUGCACCCUCGGUUUGAACUGCCAAUGGGAACCACAGAGCAACCACCACUGCCUCAACCGACACAAACACAGCAAAAGAGGACACCCCAAGUAAUUGGAGUCAUGCAGUCUCAAAAUAACAACACUGGGAACAGAGGACCCCGGCCAUUGGAGCAAGUCACCUGCUACAAGUGUGGUGAAAAAGGUCAUUAUGCCAACAGAUGCACCAAAGGACAUCUGGCCUUUCUCAGUGGACAGUGAAAGAGCAGAACGAAGAGUGCAAGGGAGCUAUUAACACUGAGAAAAGGUUUCUGCCUAGCACUAUGUCUUGAACUAUUAAUCAGGUUGUUUUUUAAUGCCAUUACUGAAAGAACUGGUCAGAGGCUGGCUGCUGCUAAGCAACAUUUUUGUAAUUGUCCACAACUUUUUUUUAUGUUUUAACCUUUUUAAAAUAGAUUUUGGCCUCCGCAUAUUUUCAUUGAGCCCUGCUGAAAGGUAGAUCUAAAAGCUGAUAGAUAUGCAAACCCUGCACCAGUGCAGCACUCUACGUAAAUGCAUCGUAAACCAGUGUUUCUUUAAAGUGUUUUCCUUCUGCCACUUCUCUUUGGAGAACCUGCAGUAUUUCAGCCCUCUCUGUAGAAGCAGGAAGACUGACUGGGAAAACUAAUACUGGAAAUGCCUUCCCUUCAGUGAGGAAGCAGGGAUUCUGCAGUCCUGUGGCUCUUCAAAAGCAAAUUUGUGUUUCCAGGUCCAGCCUGUUGUAGUCAGUAAGCUUGUCCUGGUGGCUGACUUAAUGCCUCACAUCAGGCUGUAAAACUCUUGUCCAGUUGCUUUGUUUCUGUGCUUCUUGCUGUACUGAAAGUUUAGAAAUUAAUCUUCUGGGUGAGAACUGAUCAAGGGGAGAAUAAAUCGGCAUCUGAGUGGUUAGCCAAACAGUGAGGAACAAUGAUUGUAGGCAACCCGCAUCUGUGCUCAUUUUCCAUUUGCAAAAAGCAAAGAGGGAGAUGAACACGGCUUGAAGAGUAGGAAUAGAAGAUCUUCAUCUCAGCCCCCUCAUCGUCCAGCUCACACUGAGCAGGUAUUUCCAUAGCCUAGA